CCCCACAAAAUUCGCCGCUGUUCAAAGAAGACUCGUUAGCUGAUACUGUUUGCGCCUCUCUCUCUCUCUCUCUCUCUCUCUGGGUACACACGCUCAAAUUUUCUCGAGAAUUCUCGGGAAAAUUCUGAAAAGAGUUUCCAGAUUCUCGACGGUUAGAUCUUAACCAAACCAGUCUCGAUUGAUUCAUCAGCUUCACGGAUUUUGAUUCCGAGGUUCGUUGCUGAAUGAAGGCGUAGGUGGUUUUGGGAUUCGUUUAGCUUCAAUAUGAAUUCAGUUGGCAAGAUGUGAUUUACAAGGUUCUUCGUUUCUGAGUUCCUGAAUCCGUGCGGGAACUUGGGUCUUUUUUAAAACUACACGGAAGAAGAGGAUUAAAGGUUGAGUUUCCGCGCUCUUAUUCCUGUUGAGCUCCUUAGAUUUCUCUCCAGCUCUUGAGGAUUUAGUAUUAGAAGUUUGUACAGUUGGUAUGUCAAUUGCUAGUGUAGCUCUCAGUCCAGCCCUGGAAGAAGUUGUCAACUUUCCAGGUUUUAUUGGACGGUUCGGUUUGGACUUAGACGACCCAAUCCUGAUAUUCCUGUCUAUUUCCGGAUCUCUGAGCCCCUUAAGGGUCAUGGAGUCGGAUCUGAUAGCUUCCGUGAAGCUGAGGAUUCAGAGUAUCAAGGGAUUUUUUGUGAAGAAGCAGAAGCUGGGAUAUGAUGGUAGAGAGCCAGCUCGAAAUGAUUCUCAAGUUCGAGAUUGUGGUCUUGCUGAUGGGGAACUGUUGCAUUUGGUUAUUAGGCUUUCUGAUCUCCAAGCUAUCUCCGUCAAGACUCUGGGAGGGAAGGAGUUUGAGCUCUUUGUUGAGAGGAGUAGAAACGUUGGUUACGUGAAGCAGAAAAUAGCUUUAAGGGAAAACGAGCUUGGGAAUACAUGGGAUCAUGAACUCACGUUAGAUGGUGAAGAGCUAGAUGACCAGAGACUCAUCACUGAUCUCUGUAAAGACGGAGAGAGUGUGAUUCAUUUGCUGAUUAGGAAAUCCGCUAAAGUCAGAGCAAAACCUGUUGGGAAGGAUUUUGAGGUUUCUAUCGACGAUGUAACUCACAAUCACAACUCAGUGGAUGGUAGAAGAAGACUCAUAUCACCACAAGAAAAGCCUAAAGAUUUCUUUGUGGAGCCUGUUGUUGUUAACCAUGAAAUUGAACCGCCUUCACUGGUCAAAGAGCUUAUCAACUCCACUAUAGAGGGCUUGGAGAAUGGAAACGGCCCGAUCAAAUCAUCUGAUGGGUCAGGGGGAGCUUACUUCAUGCAAGAUCCGUCCGGAAACAAAUACGUAUCCGUCUUCAAACCCAUUGACGAGGAGCCACUGGCCGUGAACAAUCCGCACGGACAGCCUGUUUCAGUUGACGGGGAGGGACUAAAGAAAGGCACACAGGUUGGUGAAGGAGCUUUUAGAGAAGUAGCAGCCUACAUUUUGGACUAUCCCAUGACCGGAACAAGAACUUUUCCUCAUGACCAACCCGGUUUCGCUGGAGUUCCGCCAACAACAAUGGUCAAAUGCUUGCACAAAGACUUCAACCAUCCCAAUGGUUACAGUUUCUCUCCGGAAAACACAAAGAUUGGUUCAUUGCAGAUGUUUGUGAGUAAUGUUGGAACUUGUGAAGAUAUGGGAUACGGAGUCUUCCCAGUUGAUCAGGUUCACAAGAUAUCGGUUCUAGACAUUAGGCUGGCUAAUGCAGAUCGUCAUGGUGGUAACAUUUUGGUUAGCCGAGAGGGAAAUGAUGGUCAGAUCGUUCUUACUCCUAUCGACCACGGCUAUUGCUUCCCAAAUAAGUUUGAAGACUGCACAUUCGAGUGGCUAUACUGGCCUCAAGCAAAAGAGCCAUACUCUCCGGAGACACUGGAAUACAUCAAAUCAUUGGACGCUGAGCAAGACAUUGAGCUUCUGAGAAUCCACGGUUGGGAGAUUCCGCCUCCAUGCGCUCGUGUCUUCCGUAUCUCGACCAUGCUUCUCAAGAAAGGUGCUGCGAAGGGUCUCACACCUUUUGCCAUUGGAAGUAUGAUGUGCAGAGAAACACUCGAGAAAGAAUCCGAGAUCGAACAAAUCAUCAAUGAUGCAGAAGCUAUCGUGCUCCCGGAGACAACAGAAGAGGAGUUUAUCAGCACCGUCUCUGCUAUUAUGGAUUGCUGUCUCGACCAGCAUUCUCGGAACUAA